UAAUGGCAAUUUGUGCUCUCCAAAGACGACCAGGCAAAAGGAUAAUUACAAGCUGGAUGCAUGUUGUUUGUAUCCAAGGAUUAUGCCUAAAAUGCAACUAAUCUAUCUUGUCUUCCUUUAGGUUGUGACAAAAAAGCCAGCUCUCUAAAUUACUAUGGCUACCACCCAAAUCAUGCACAUCGGCCAAAAACAUAAAACCUUGAAGGUAGGAAACCCCAGAUGUGCAAAAUGGUUAGGAAAGAAAACGGGGGACUUGUUUUUGAAUUUGCCUUCUCAAGCAAACACGCAACCUGUCUUUGUCCUGUGCAGGAACAAGCCCUCUUUCCAAGCAAAAUUGCUUCUGAGCAAGAGUCCCUGGUUUUGGUGAAAAGGCUGCUGGCAGUUUCGAUUUCCUGCAUCAGUUACCUGCGAGGACUCUUCCCCGAAAGCUCUUAUGGAACCUGCUAUUUAGACGACAUGUGUUUAAAAGUCCUCCGAGAAGAUAAAAGUUGCCAGGGAUCACUGCAGGUAGUCAAAUGGAUCCAGGGAUGUUUCGAUGCACUGGAAAAGAACUAUCUGCAUAUGGCAGUUCUGGCAAUCUAUACCAAUCCCAAAGACCCUGAGCACUUGACAGAAUUCUAUCAGUUCAAGUUCAAAUACUUGAAGAACGGGCCUCAGAUGGACUUUGCUAGUACUCAAGUCAGCUUUCAAAAUGGAACAAACAGCGAUGAAAUUAAGAAAGCCAGUAUCCUAUUGAUCCGUAAAUUGUACAUAUUAAUGCAGCAUCUUGGACCACUACCUAAUGACAUUACUUUGACCAUGAAACUGUUCUAUUACAAUGAUGUCACACCCGCUGAUUACCAGCCCCAUGGCUUUAAGGAAGGCAACAGCUCAGAUGGUCUGCUUUUUGAUGGUGACCCUGUGAACCUCAAAGUAGGAUCAGUUUCCACUGGAUUCCAUGUGUUGAAAGUGAGAAUAACAACAGAGAGGAAAAGAAUGGGGAUGCUGGAGGACAGUCUGGUAGAAGAGAAUGGUCCCACUGAGAUCUCCCACCAAGGGUUAGACUGUGAUGAAGAAGAAGAGGACAGCAAUAAAGUGCUAGAACAGGUUAUAUAUAUUAUCUUUUUCACAAACCAUUCUGUAUAA